GGAAACUGACGCUUCUAAACGUGGGACUGCAGAACUGCAUAUCAUCAUCAGAGGAGUGUCAAAAGAAGAUCCAGGUCUCUCUCAGCUGGUAGAAACCCAGCAGGUCGUCACAGUAACACACUCAUGGAACCCAGAGACGUCCUGCAAGUCACCUGGCAAAAAGAGACACAAGGAGGGACUGAAAAUGUGUCCUCCUACAACAAACGUUUUGGUCCAAAAGUAAAUCCACCUUUCCAGGGGAAAGUGGAGUUUCUAAAUGUGGGACUGCAGAACUGCUCUACAGUCAUCAGAGGAGUAUCAAGAGAAGAUGAGAGCUGCUACAAGUGUCUGUUUAAUACUUACCCAGAUGGAGCUAUAAGUAGAAGGAUCUGCCUUCAAGUUAAUGAGCUGUAUGGACCUACACUCCUAGUUACACAAAUCAAUGACACCCGUCCCUUCUUCUCUGGGUUAACUGUCUCCUGCUCUACCACGGGACGACCUGCUCCAGUAGUGGACUUGUUUCUCCCAGUACAAUUGGUUUUGGAAAACUCUACAACGGUCAAUGUCACCCAUCCCAAUGGAACUGUUACUGUCACCAUAACUACCACACUGGCAGUUCCCAGUCUACCUGACAAUGACACCAUGGUUAGGUGUUUGGUGUCAUCCGGCUACAUCAUCAAGGAGGGUUCUGUAAAUAUUCCAAACCUCUUUGCUGGUCCAUCUUCACCUCCAGUCUCCAAUAAUGGUUUGAUAAGGGGUCAUGGUUUGUAGUUAAUACAGGAAUCUCAUGUCUAUACUGGACCUUUGCUUUCCACCUUUUAUCUGUGAAUUGUACUGGUCUCAUCUUGUCAUGUUUUCU